AUGAGUCUGAGUAUUCAGCAAGGUCGCAUAGCAGCUAGGUUCUGCAAGACCCAACAUUGUUCAGACUCACCAUCUGAAUUGUUGUACCUUCAACUGGAGCCCACCGCGAGGGUUUCUUGUGUUUCUAGGCUCUUCCAGCUCUCCAAUCAUCCCCCAAAUUCGCCUAUUAUCCUACCACAGUCAUUCCUUAUCAGCUUCUCCCAUAUUCCCAAGUUUUCAGCAUCUUGUCCUCCUCCCCAGCGCAUUGAUAAGCGUUUUUCUCACGCGUUUUUCGAGCGGAUCUCUCGCAAACUUAGGGUCUUGUGGAGUUAUCGAGUUUUUGGUGUUUUUGAGAAGUUGAGGGGAGAUAAGGGUUUUCUGGGUGCUCAAAGGCCUGUCUCUUUUAGCUCUUUUGGCCAUUUACCAUCCUUCAGUGGCUCUGUCCAUUGCCCCAAUCUGCUUCUUGAUAGGACCAGCCCUUGUUGCCCUGCACCAUACCCCUUCCUCCUCCUCCCUCUUGCACCUCCGCACUUUUUCGCACUUUCACCAGCCCAUUUCGCAUUGGAACCCCCUCGACCCUAUACCCGUUUUGAAGCCCCCGUUCAUGGCUUUCAUUCGCGCCCAUCAGCGCCACGAUCCGACACGCCGUUCGCCCACCAUUCGCGUUUUCCGUCGCCCCCCAUUUUAUCGCACCUUUUCCACCAUUUUAUCUAUAUCUCCUCACCCUUUGAUCGCGCACCUAUCGACCCUAUACUCAUUCUAACCGCAUUCGCCGCCGCUUUCCAUCCGUCCGCUCCGCUUCCAGAUACGUCUGCGCGUUCCUCCGCAAUCCGCACUUCUCGCGUUUCCCUCCAUUUUCCACCAUUUCCUUCAUUUCUCACCCAGUUCUCCACCAAUCCUAGUCGACCCUAUACUCAUUUCGAAGCCCUCGUUCGCCUCUUUCUAUCCGUCUACUCCCCAUCGUCACCCAUGCAACCAUCAUCGCCUACAGAGAAAAGGCGGCAGCAGGCAAAAGACUUUAUUUCAACAUCAGGGAAAUCAUCGACCUCUUACCGGCCAUCGCAACUACUUGCUCCACUCGAACCAAUCCAAUUCACAAAGGACCAAAACCCAAAACCCAUAGCCUCUUGCGAACACCAGGUACCUACUAGUACUAAGUCUAUGAAUCCAGCUAGCAGUACCACGCAUGUCAGUGCCUCAGGUGUUACUAUAUCACAGGAUGCAGAUUUCGAGAUGGAGGAUGCCAUUGAAGAAAACCAUGGAAUUCCAGCUGUCAUUCAUGCUGCAUUUGCCGAUAUUCAAGCCAACGCAUAUCAUAUUUCUCCUUUCAAGCGCUUAUGGAAGGAUCCUCUGGACAAUCAUGAAGAACACAUUUUCGACGAGCUCUAUACCUCUGACACCUGGCUAGAAGCUCAGGACGACCUCCAGAAGCAGCCGAAAGAACGUGGUUGCACCCUCGAACGUGUUGUCGCCGGACUCAUGUUAUUCUCUGAUGCAACUCACCUUGCAAAUUUCGGAACGGCUAAAGCCUGGCCUCUUUAA